AUUGCCACGAUGACCAUCAUAAGUUUAGUCCGGUCAAACAAACGGGGCAAAACAUCGAGGAAGCGCUCUCUGUGGCUACCCAUCAUUGCUCCAAAGGGUACAACGUCGAGCUCCGGUGUCAACCCCACUGUACCCGUGAAGACUUCAAUUCCGCGCUCUCAUGGACGGUUUCCACCAAGAUCUCGGAAAGGUUGCUGCAGUCAAAUGUGACGAGAAGCAUCCUCGUUGUAAUGUACUAAAAAAAGACACUCUUUUCCUGGACAACAGAAUCAUAGGCUGAUUUGCCCUGAGCAAGCAAUGUACCAGGCUGGGCCAUGAUUGUGAUUACCGGCCACGCUUAUCCUUUAGAGAUGAUACCCGUCGGGUAAUCGAACGGAUGUCAGACGUGGAGACAGUAGGCAACCUUGUUUGGGACCCUCAUAUGAGUAGAAGUGCCAGGCUUCCGUCUGCUGAUUACGGACUACCCGAUCUGCUGCCUUCCUUCGCGACACUCACAACUGACGAGGAACGGGAAAGGAAGGCCCAGUCGUCCAUUCCCGGUACUUAUACUGUUAUAAUAAUGCCGGAGAGCUUCUCUUAUCUUCCUGGACAUGCUGAUGAACGAUCUGGGGAACAAUGCAGGAGCUCAACAUCAAGCCCCUUGAUAGAUAAUGGGCUAAGUAGCCACAACCCAGAGGUGAACGAUCCAAAUGUGGUCAUACUCAAGACAUUUCCUGAUGCUAGGAGAUACCUGUGUUCAGACUACAGAGGUUCCACUCAAACGCUGGAGUCUGAUCCUCGAGACUCCCCAUAUCCAUCUACAGUCUCAGUAUAUUCAGCUGAUUCGAGCACCCUGGAUGAUUCUAAUGCACAGGCACAAAUCAAGCUGAUGGAUUAUGAGGCUAUGCUACUCUCACAUUUUCGCAAUGUGGUAUGGCCCAAACUGGUCCCCCAGGGGAUCUGUUCAGACGGUCAUAGACUGGGUGUCGAGGUCUUGGAACAAGAAGCUGCUAUCUGCCCACCUCUUUUUCAAGCGAUGAUGGCAUUGUCUAAGCUCGGUCUAGACCGUCAAGGAAGCUGUGUAGAUAUGAGCACCAUGAAUCCCCACCGGCAGGAUUUCCCACUUCCUCAGGAUAUAUUCCAUCACAGCGACAAUCUUCUAUCUGACGGACUUUUUCUUACGCAAUUCCUACUGCUCAUACACGAGGCCAUGGCUGCCAAGUCAGAUGGGCCGAGCCGCUGGUCCCAUCAUAUAUCCCAAAUGCUCGAAAUUACUUUCCUGAGGCAAUCGACCUUUGGAGUGGAGCGAUUUCCGUUCGUCAUCUGGUGGAUCUGCAACAUUGACCUAUAUGCCCUUCUCAGCGGCGCAAGUACAGGAGAAUAUGUCAAAACGGUUUUAGAAAGCGACCUGCUCCCCUGGCCUGGGUCCCUUCUUUCCCCUAUCGGACCUCAUGGAUCGGAUGUCAUCAAUUCGCAUGAGCCUGACAAUCUAACAUUACUGUUGCAGCUGUACAUGGACAUGUUCGGGCUAGCUGUCCAGCUAGGGUUAAAUAUUGCGGAUAUGAAGAAGCUGGGCGCAUCUUUUCCAUACUCCCCAAUCAAUUUACAUGAAGACUUCAGGAGACUUUGGGACUCUUCAGACGUUCGCUUCUGGGCCGAGAAUCAAACGAGGCUGCCAAAACCACUACAACCCAUUUUCGAGCAGAUUAAUUUACUCUUCCAUACUUCACUUCUCCUUUACUAUACCAGCACGUGUCCUAGCCAGAGCAUUGGUUUAGGCGAAAUCCCCGCGCAGAUAGUGCAUCACCACACGACCAUGAUCUUCCAACAUGCAGAGGCGAUGAUGGUGAGAAUCCAAGGCAGUCCUCCGCACUUCAUCAUCUUCCCUUUGUUCCUGGCGGGAAUUGCGGCGGAAACUAUCGACCUCAAAGUCAAGGCAUGGGAACUGCUCUCAAAUCUAGAGGAAAAUGAGAUAGGGUAUAAUGCAUCUACGACAUGCUCUAUGCUCCAACUGGUGUAUGAGUACCAGAUGCAGCGAUCCAGUGGUAAUACUAGUGGCAGAGCAUUCCCAUGGAUUGACUGGGUUGAACUCUUGGCCGAACGUGGCUUUCGUUUAGUCAGUUACGGAUGAGAAGGGAGGAAGAAGUGCGACGAGGUUGAGACUUUUUAUUUUUAUUUAUUUUAUUUUAUUUUAUUUUAUUUUUCUUCUUCCUUUCCAUUAUUAUCAUUCAUCUAUCUAUAUAAUCAAUGUUUGAUGUCUAUGUAUGUUGAAUGUUGAAAUAUGGGAGAAUGGUCGUAAUUCCCAAUCUAAGCACGCGGUGACCCAUG